AUGACUGUUACAGAGUAUGAGAAUAAGUUUACGUCACUUUUGAGGUUUACACCAGGGAUUGCUAGAGAUGAGGAAAGAAAGAUAGAGAAAUUUGUUAAUCGCCUUGAUCUUACCAUUAGGCCAAUUGUGGCUGCCUCAGAACCGACAGAGUAUACAAAAGCAGUGCAAAAAGCCUUAGUGGUUGAGGCUGAAAGCAAGGAUAGCAAGGCUAUCAGGGAGUCCUAUAAGCACAGCAGGAGCAUGUGUGAUAUCUCCAAAGGUAGUUCUCAGGGGCAAAGGACUCAGGGUCAUGUGUAUGUAGUCACUCAAGCCGAGCCAUCAUCUAGUCAUUCAGUUGUCAGGGGUAUGUUUUUUGUGUUCAAUUAUUGGGCUCGAUUAUUGUUUGAUUAUGGUGCUUCUUAUUUUUUCAUCGCUUCAUCAUUUGCACGGGCAUUAGGUUUGGAGGUCGGUCAGUUAGACAGACCGAUCUGUGUUGACACACCUAUUGGGGGUUCAGUCACUCUUGGUAGAGUUUGUCGGGGUUGUUCCAUUACCUUUGUCGGGUGGGUACUUAAGUUUGAUCUCAUCCUCCUUGAGAUGACAGGGUUUGACGUCAUACUUGGGAUGGACUGGUUGUCAUCCUUCAGAGCUGUUAUUAAUUGUUUUAGGGAUACAGUAUCAGUGUAUACCCCGAAUGGGGAUUGUUUUUGUUUUAUGGGAGAUCGGUGUGAUUCUCUCACUCCUUUGUUCUAUGGUGUUAGAGGUCAGGAUCGACAAGGGUUCUUCUUGGCUAGCCUUUUCGCCGAUGAUGAUGUUCAGUUUUGUGGGGUUGAUUAUUCAGUGGUUGUUCGCGAUUUUUUGGAUGUAUUUCCUGAGGACUUGACAGAGUUGCCUCCACACUGA